AUGGUUAUGGUUGUUGUUUUAUUUUUGUGUUGCAAUACUCUUUCACUUAUUGUUAAUUUAAUUGAAACUUUUUUUGAACCAGAUCCUCUUUUAUUAAAUUUAUUAUCAGAUGCUAGUAAUUUUUUGGUUGUUUUUAAUUCUUCUGUUAAUUGUGUUAUUUAUUUAAUUUUUAAUAAAGAAUAUAGAGAAGUUUUUAUAAAAUAUUUUGCAAAAUGUUUUUCUUGUUUUGGUUAUUAUAUUGAUAAAAAUAAUAAUGGAAUAAAAAAUGGAAAUAUUAAUUUAUUAAAUCAAAAUAAUUCAAAAUUUGGUAAGUUUUGUAAUUAA